AUGUGUAACCGUAGCGAAGUUGUAAAUCAAUUAAAACAAAAAUGCUUUUCAAGACUUUCAUUUGCUGAAAAAAAAGUUUUAGUUGAAAAUGGUGGAUAUUUUAAACUUAAGACAUUUUUAUCAUCAUCAACUGCUAGAAUUGACACAUCAUUAGAUAAACAAAGAAAAAUAGAUAUUCAAUUACAUAAUGAAAAAGCAGCAAAAAAUAGAGAAAUAUUAAAAAGAUUAAUAAAUGCAGUAUGUUUUUUAGCUAAACAGGAAUUAUCUUUUAGAGGACAUAAUGAAAACAAAUAUUCAGUAAAUAGGGGAAACUAUAUGGAGUUAUUGAUUUCCACCGAAGAAUUUGAUCCAUUAUUACAAGAGCAUUUAUAUACAUCUACUAUUUUUCGAGAUACUUCUGUUUCCAUACAAAAUGAUUUAAUAAAUUCAAUUGCUGAUGUUAUUAAACAUGAGAUAUUUAAUGCAAUUCAAAAUACACAAUACGUGGCAAUUAUGCUUGAUGAAACAACUGAUAUUAGUAAUAAAUCACAACUAUCGACAGUACUGAGAUAUUUUUCAAAAAACGAAAACAAAAUUGUUGAACGUUUUCUUGGAUUUGAUGACAUGAGUGCUGACAAAACAGCAACCUUUUUAUUUAAACACGUUAAUCGAGUAGUUGAAAAAUUUAAAAUUGAAAACAAAUUAGUGGCACAAACAUAUGACGAGGCAGCAGUAAUGUCUGGCCAUUUAAACGGGUUGCAAAGUAAAGUAUUAGAGAAAUAUCCUAAAGCUAUAUUUACUCAUUGUUAUGCGCGUGUUAUUAAUUUAAUACUUCAACAAUCAUUAGAAUGCAAUAAGGAACUUAAAAUUUUUUUUCAAGGUCUUAACUCUUUACCUAUAUUUUUUUCUCACUCUCCUAAAAGACUAAAAGCACUUUCAGAAUUUAUGACCAAAAAGUUACCCACAUUAGCUACUACUCGUUGGAACUUUACUUCACGAUUAGUUCAUAUAAUUCAUAAUCAUUGA